CGUCGGCGUCGGCAUUAGCUGACCGAGCAUCGAAUCAAUACCACCCCUCGGUAGAAAAAUAAGAUGGCAGACACGGAGUUCGAGGAAUUCAGGCAUACUUUUGAAAAACUACCUUCUCAUAUCAAAGUUCCUGUUCCAUUUUACUCUUUGGUGCAUGAUGUGAACAUUGAAGAAGAGUCUCCGACGUCUUCCAAAAGCGAUCCGGACACAGACUGUGAUAUAGUACCAGAUGGAAAACCAAAAGUAUCUGGACCAGAAUCUGAGGACAAUCAUGGAUGUCAGGUGCAAAUGUCUAGAGUUCCGUUGGCACCUUGGCGAGGACCUGGUGAGAGAAGAAGGAGGAAAUUACCAGAAAUCCCCAAAAAUAAAAAAUCUGCAGUAGUUACAAUGUACAACGCACAACUCUCAAGAGAACUAUCUUUGGCUGACGAAUUAGGGGGCUCGAGCAGCGCUCUUAAUUCAUUGUUGGUUUUAAAAUGCAGUCAUCUCUGGGAUAACGAUUCCCCAGACUCAGAAAGGCUCCUAACUGACGCUGACAGUGGCCAUAGUACUGCUCAUUCUCCUACGGAUGGACCAAAAUCUAUGUCGCCAGUUUUGGGGAUGUCCCCAGCUUGUAUGGGUGGAGGAACGCCCUAUUCCGACGUGGAAAUGCUGGAAGCUACUCACAGGGGACUUCAUAAAUUUAUACCAAGACACGAAGAUGAGAUUGAAGUUGAAAUUGGCGAUCCUAUUUAUGUUCAAAAAGAAGCCGACGAUUUAUGGUGUGAAGGUGUUAAUUUAAGAACUGGAAGAACAGGAAUUUUUCCUUCAGCUUAUGCUGUGGACUGUGAUUAUUCCGAUUGGGAUUCGACUUGCGAACAUGGAAGACGAGAACGUUAUUUGUUGGGUUAUUUAGGUUCGGUUGAAACAUUAGCUCAUAAAGGAACUGCUGUAGUUUGUCAAGCCGUGCGAAGAGUGGUAAGUGCCAGCGGAGGCGAUCCGGAUUCUCAACCAUGUAUCCUCGAAGUUUCCGAUCAAGGACUUCGCAUGGUCGAUAGAAGAAAACGAAACCAAAACGAACCUUGCAUAGAUUACUUUUACUCAUUAAAAAAUGUGUCAUUCUGCGCUUUUCACCCUCGAGACCAUCGUUAUUUGGGUUUUAUCACCAAACAUCCAACACUUCAAAGGUUCGCCUGCCAUGUAUUUAGAGGAAAUGACUCAACAAGACCAGUUGCUGAAGGAGUUGGGCGUGCCUUUCAAAGGUUCUAUCAGAAGUUUAUAGAGACUGCAUACCCGAUAGAAGAUAUUUACAUCGAGUGAAGAAGACGCAGCGCAAUAAUAAAAUUGUAUAUAUCGAAGCUGUGUCGAUCAAUAACGAAAAAGUUUCUGAUUUGGAGUAUUAUUUUUGUAUAUUUCGUGUUGGCUAUGGACGAGGAAAAUCAUGAAUAAGGAAACAAGUUAAUCUUCGUAAUCAGGUUUUAAAUGUAAUUUGCUCUCAAACACUCGUAUUAUAGUAGUUUUUAUUAUAGUCAAGUAUUUCGUUGUUGUUUUUUGUCGGGGAUUUUAUUUUAUCUUUUUGUUAUAUUAUAUUAAAUAAGGUGAUCAAUAAAUAAAUCAAUAAAACA